AUGUCUCAACAAAGCAUCGGGAAGGAGGCAGAAGCUUUCCAGUGGAAGUUAGAGCCUUGGGCAGCCAAUCUGAGAACCGACAGAGAGCCGGCCACGAGAAAUGGCUUUCUGGAGUAUUGGUUGACCAUUUGUAAUCUGUGUCCGGACAUAAGUGUCCUGGUAAAUAACCCUAGUAGAUUUCAUCAAGACAGAAGCUGGACACCGGCCGAGUCUCUCAUUACUUGCCUGGAUCACCUAGAGCAGCUUGACUUUAUCACGAACAACGAAUUCACCUUUAUCUCGUCAUCAUCCAAAUUUUGGCCUCAAUAUUACCUGGCAACAGGGGGUGGGAUACAGUGUGCUCCAUACAGAAGCCAGAAAACAGCUCUGCCGCCACGUGGCUUAGAAGAACUACAAUUCGGUAUUAAUGUUCUCCAACUAUCGCUAUGA